AUGGCUCCAAAGACUCCCAGCCAUCCUACCACCGGCCCGAAGCCCAAGAAACAAACACCCAAGACAAGAGCACGUCUUCCUCCGCCUGAUACUCUCACUGCGGCAGCCAGGCAUGCAGACAUGCUGAACAAAACUGCCACCGAACCUCACACUGUAGAGUAUAUUGUUGUAUCCUCAGAUAACGAAGAGGAUAUCCAGAACAAUGGCAACAAUGCAAACACCACACCUCAACAGAAAGUAGCAGCAAAGCCAAAGACACGCCGUCAACAUGCCCACAAGGCUGACCAGAAGCCACGCAAGCGACAGCGAGUUAUCCUUGCUUCAGAGGAAGAAGAAGAAGAUGACUCUCUCCCUCUACGCUUACGUUCUAGAAGACGUAGUGAAACUCUUAGUGCCAGACAAGCAGGACAGGUGAAAGUAAGCGAAAUCGUCGCUUACAUGGCCAGGCUCAGUGAAAAGACUAAGAACUUGGAGAUCAAGAUACGUGGCUUGAAAGAACAGCAACACAGAAUAGCUCCUCCUGUCGCCCACAAUGAACAAGAGGAUACACAGGAAGAAAUUCUUGACAAGCCUGAUGCAGAACUACAAGAAUGGACCGCUGCAAUGCAGGAGAUUAGGAAUCAAUACCAUGUCAGAUCAUCGCAGGAUCAACUCCAACCUCCAGUUAUCACGACAGAACCGCGCAAGAGAGGGCGAAAUAUCAAGCGUUAUGCUACGCCUUCUACCUCUCUUAUAGGCACAGACUACUAUAAGCGUAGGAAAAGAAAAGUUCUAGAAGUCUACUAUAGCGUCUUUGUCUUCUAG